AGAGGGGGUGGCUUCCGGGAGGUGGCGCGGCCUUUUCCUCUGGCUCCUGCCACGGCUUGGGUUAGGGCUUCACCGGUCUGCGUCCUCGGCUCCGGGAGGCCUCGGGGAUUCGGCCGCAGCCUCAGCUUCCCGUCGCUCUGUGACCUGCGGGUAUUGGAUGAUUUGUAGCUAAGACUCCUGGAUCCCCUGAAGUGGGGAAAUGGAACUCUUAACAUUCAGGGAUGUGGCCAUAGAAUUCUCCCCUGAAGAGUGGAAAUGCCUGGAUCCCGCCCAGCAGAAUUUAUAUAGAGAUGUGAUGUUGGAGAACUACAGAAACCUGGUCUCCCUGGGUUUUGUAAUCUCCAACCCAGACCUGGUCACCUGUCUGGAGCAAAUAAAAGAGCCCUACAAUUUGAAGAUACAUGAGACAGCAGCCAAACCCCCAGCUAUGUGUUCUCCUUUCAGCCAAGACCUUUCACCAGUGCAGGGGAUAGAAGAUUCAUUCCAAAAACUUGUACUGAGAAGAUACGAGAAGUGUGGAUAUAAGAAUUUACAAUUAAAAAAGGGCUGUAAACAUGUGAAUGAGUGUAAGUUGCAGAAAGGAGUUAAUAGUGGAGUUUACCAAUGCUUGUCAACUACCCAGAGCAAAAUAUUUCAAUGUAAUACAUGUGUUAAAGUGUUUAGUAAACUUUCAAAUUCAAACAAACAUAAGAUAAGACAUACUGGAGAGAAACCCUUUAAAUGUACAGAAUGUGGCAGAUCAUUUUACAUGUCACACCUAAUUCAACAUACAGGAAUUCAUGCUGGAGAGAAACCCUACAAAUGUGAAAAAUGCAGCAAAGCCUUUAAUAGGUCGACAUCACUUACUAAACAUAAGAGAAUUCAUACUGGAGAGAAACCCUACACAUGUGAAGAAUGUGGGAAAGCCUUUAGACGGUCCACAGUUCUGAAUGAACAUAAGAAAACUCAUACUGGAGAAAAACCCUACAAAUGUGAAGAAUGUGGCAAAGCCUUUACAAGGUCCACAACGCUGAAUGAACACAAGAAAAUUCAUACUGGAGAGAAACCUUACAAAUGUAAAGAAUGUGGCAAAACCUUUAGAUGGUCCACAAGCCUGAACGAACAUAAGAAUAUCCAUACUGGAGAGAAACCCUACAAAUGUGAAGAAUGUGGCAAAGCCUUUAGACAGUCCAGGAGUCUGAAUGAACAUAAAAAUAUUCAUACCGGAGAAAAACCCUACACAUGUGAAAAAUGUGGCAAAGCGUUUAACCAAUCCUCAAGUCUUAUUAUACACAGGAGCAUUCAUUCUGAACAAAAACUUUACAAAUGCGAAGAAUGUGGCAAAGCCUUUACUUGGUCCUCAUCCCUUAAUAAACAUAAGAGAAUUCAUACUGGAGAGAAACCCUACACAUGUGAAGAAUGUGGCAAAGCCUUUUAUAGGUCCUCACACCUUGCUAAACAUAAGAGAAUUCAUACUGGAGAGAAACCCUACCCAUGUGAAGAAUGUGGCAAAGCUUUCAACCAAUCCUCAACCCUUGUAUUACACAAGAGAAUUCAUUCUGGGCAAAAACCUUACAAAUGUGAAGAAUGUGGCAAAGCCUUUACACGGUCCACAACACUGAAUGAACAUAAGAAAAUUCAUACUGGUGAGAAACCCUACAAAUGUGAAGAAUGUGGCAAAGCUUUCAUAUGGUCCGCAAGCCUGAAUGAACAUAAGAAUAUUCAUACUGGAGAGAAACCCUACAAAUGUAAAGAAUGUGGCAAAGCUUUUAACCAGUCCUCAGGCCUUAUUAUACACAGGAGCAUUCAUUCUGAACAAAAGCUUUACAAAUGUGAAGAAUGCGGCAAAGCCUUUACUCGGUCCACAGCCCUGAAUGAACACAAGAAAAUUCAUUCGGGAGAGAAACCCUACAAAUGUAAAGAAUGUGGCAAAGCCUAUAACUUAUCUUCAACCCUUACUAAACAUAGGAGAAUUCAUACCGGAGAGAAACCCUUCACAUGCGAAGAAUGUGGCAAAGCCUUCAAUUGGUCCUCAUCCCUUACUAAACAUAAGGAUGCAACUGGAGAAACUGCUUGUUUCACCAAGGCUUUAACUGGAAGGGUACAUUUCCCUUUAAGGAGUUAAGCUUGACUUGUAGAGCUGAUAAAAGCCUCUUGGAAAAACGGGACUUAUGCUUUGUUACACAGUCCCCAUACAAGAUUCCUAACCUGCAGUGAGUAAAGAAUGUCACUUUCCAACAGGCCCAGGAACCACAUGCUCUUGGGACCUCAAGAAGAGAGGAGUUUACCCAACUCACAGGUAUUUGCGAAUAUAAACCCAUGGUUGGACUUAGCUUUGGAAAGUCCUAUCUGAGAUUCUUUGUGGUACAGAGUUCCAUCAAAGCCAAUCUAAAAGGCCUGUAUAGAAAUAAUUAUUCUUGCUGUACUUUAUGCAAAUAAUCAGGCCAAGUAUGUGACUGAAGACUAUUUUGCAAACAACACUGUCCUAUCAUGGUUUUUUUGUUUGCUUUUUGUUUUAGAUGGAGUCUCAUUCUGUCACCCAGGCUGGAUGGCAGUGGCAUGAUCUUGGCUCACUACAACCUCCACCUGCCAGGUUCAAGUGAUUCUCCUG